UGAGCGCCGGGCCCGGGGAGAGCGGACCCAGCGGUGGAGAAUCGGGCGCGCCGGCGAGAAACGCCCUAAAGAGGAGGGGAGAGUGCGGCAGGGAGCCGAGGGACUGGCAGAGCGCGGCCCGGGGCCGGGAGCGAGCUGCAGCUGCGGCGGCGGGGAGCGGGCCAGGGCGCCGAGCGAGAGGAGCGAGCGCCGAGCGGCGCGGCUGAGGCGAGCGCUCACUUCUCCGCCAAGUGCCAACUUCGCGAGCGCCGGGGCGCGCACCGUCCGGGCGCGGGGCACGGCUGCGGGAAUCUGAGGUUGUAGGCAGGAAAGGGCGACUUUCUCCCCCGCCCCUCUCCCCCGCCCCCCGCGUCCUCUUACCCCCUCAGUUUUGCGAAUCCCCAUUAAAAAAAAAAAAAACGCAAACAACAACAACAGUCACCGCAAAGUUGCUCCAGUCCGGUCCGUCCCCUACUGCUGGCACCAUGAAGGCGGCCGUCGACCUCAAGCCGACUCUCACCAUCAUCAAGACGGAAAAAGUGGAUUUGGAGCUUUUCCCCUCCCCGGAUAUGGAAUGUGCAGAUGUCCCUCUAUUAACUCCUAGUAGCAAAGAAAUGAUGUCUCAAGCCUUGAAAGCUACUUUCAGUGGUUUCACUAAAGAGCAGCAAAGACUGGGAAUCCCAAAAGAUCCCCGGCAGUGGACAGAGACCCAUGUGCGGGACUGGGUGAUGUGGGCGGUGAAUGAGUUCAGCCUGAAGGGUGUGGACUUCCAGAAGUUCUGUAUGAAUGGAGCAGCUCUCUGUGCCCUGGGUAAAGACUGCUUUCUUGAGCUGGCCCCAGAUUUUGUCGGGGACAUCCUAUGGGAGCACCUGGAGAUCCUGCAGAAAGAGGAUGUCAAGCCCUAUCAGGUGAAUGGCGUCAACCCUACCUAUCCAGAGUCUCGUUACACCUCGGAUUACUUCAUCAGCUAUGGUAUUGAGCAUGCCCAGUGUGUUCCUCCAUCGGAGUUCUCCGAGCCCAGCUUCAUCACAGAGUCCUACCAGACCCUCCACCCCAUCAGCUCAGAGGAGCUCCUCUCUCUCAAGUAUGAGAAUGACUACCCCUCGGUCAUCCUCCGCGACCCUCUCCAAACUGACACCUUGCAGACCGACUACUUUGCCAUCAAACAGGAAGUUGUGACCCCGGACAACAUGUGCAUGGGGCGUACCAGUCGUGGUAAGCUCGGGGGCCAGGAUUCUUUUGAGAGCGUAGAGAGCUACGAUAGUUGCGAUCGUCUCACCCAGUCCUGGAGCAGCCAGUCGUCCUUCAACAGCCUGCAGCGUGUGCCGUCUUAUGACAGCUUCGACUCAGAGGACUACCCGGCUGCCCUGCCCAACCACAAACCCAAGGGCACUUUCAAGGACUAUGUGCGUGACCGUGCUGACCUCAACAAGGACAAGCCUGUCAUUCCUGCUGCUGCCCUGGCUGGCUACACAGGCAGUGGACCGAUCCAGCUGUGGCAGUUUCUUCUGGAGUUACUCACUGAUAAGUCCUGUCAGUCCUUUAUCAGCUGGACAGGAGAUGGCUGGGAAUUCAAGCUUUCUGACCCAGAUGAGGUGGCCAGGAGAUGGGGAAAGAGGAAAAACAAGCCGAAGAUGAAUUAUGAGAAACUGAGCCGUGGCCUACGCUACUAUUAUGACAAAAACAUCAUCCACAAGACGGCUGGUAAACGCUAUGUGUACCGCUUUGUCUGUGACCUGCAGAGCCUGCUGGGGUACACCCCCGAGGAGCUCCAUGCCAUGCUGGAUGUCAAGCCAGAUGCCGAUGAGUGAUGGACAUGGAAGGGGCGGGGCCAGCCCCGCUGAGACCUUGCAAAGAACACCCGCGUUGGUUGGACUCUGAAUUUUGAAUUGUUAUUCUAUGUUUUAUUUUCCAAAACUCAUUUUUUUUACAUUCAGGGGUGGGAGCUAAGGGAGCUGCAGCUGUAAUCAAUUGUGUGUGGUUGGAGAAGGAAAGCCAGUACACGUGGGGUGGGUGGGGCAAGAAGUUCUUGGGCAAAUUUCAGGAGACAGAGAAGGGUCUUCUUUAAAAGGAGCUGGCUUAAGGGAAGAAGACUGGAGUAUCCAGCAAGUUUCUUCAAUCAUCCAUGAAAAAAACUUGUCUUGAUUUAGGAACCCAUUAGCCAGAGAAAUUGUCACAUCAGAGUCAUAAGAUGGAUGCAAAGCAGUUCAUUCUCUUUUGUGUUUAAAUUUGGGGUGGCAAAAAAGGGGGUGGGGUGGCAAAAAAGUUUUUUUAUGGGGGAUGCACUAAAAAUUGAGAUCUUUUGACCAUUUUCACUCUUCUUUUAAAACAAAGAGGGACUUCCAUGGGGGAGGGACCAAAAGUGUUUUUGUGUUAAAAUUUAUUUUAUUAAAUUUUGUGCCAGUAUUUUUUUUUCCUUAAAAAUCGUCUUAAGCUCUAAGGUGGUCUCAGUAUUGCAGUACCAUGCAAGUUUGUUUUUUUAUGAUUUGCAGGCUGAGGAUUCUGUCACAGUGAAAGAAAACUGUUUAUAUAGACCCCAUUGGAAAAGCAAGGCUCUGCGACUGAGUUCAGGGCUUCCAGAUUCAUGUGACUUCCAUAUGAAGGAAACAUGAGUGCUGAUUUGGGAACAAGGGAACUAUGCAUGUGAAUUUCAUCUGCAAUUUCAAAAAAAUUUAUCAUCACACCCCUUUACUUCCUUGUCCUUAGUGGGUUCUUGGGGUUUGGACUUAAUGUUGGAUUCAGAAACAUUGAGCCUUGGAACUGAAUGUAUUUUGUGAGCUCUGGUUUGGGGCCUUGGUCAACUUAGGAACACUGUUGAAGUCAUGAGAAGGAAACUCAAGGAGUAAGAGUGACUUGUGUCUUGAUUUGUUCUGUACCUGUAACAUAGAAGACUUGGAAUAAAAGCUGUAUGCAUGGGCAUUACCCCUCAGGUGUCAAGAAAUAUGUCCUGAAUACACAGCAUCCCUAAGCCUAACUAACAAUUUACAGUCUUACUGUCCCAGCAUCCCACGGUGGCUGUCCCUCCCUCCCCUCCAGCUCUAUUAUUCAGUAGAGCAAAUCGUCCAGCUUUCUGAUGCACAAGUGCAGGAAUAGCUUGAGUUGAAGUGUUUGUACUUUCUUUUAGAAACGUUAGACAAGAAAAGAGCAUUCCAAUAAAGUGUUAGCUUGGCUGUCUUUGGGAAGAGAAGUGCAGGCUUUUCUUGAAAGCCAGUUGGGAAGAGUGUCGGGAGACUAUGUGCAAAGCAGGUUUAGGUUGUCAGGGCCUCCUCAUGCUUGGAUGUGAUAUCCUGGUUCAGGGCAAAUGAAGGUUAGUUGUGGGAGUGAGGAAUGACUUGAAGGCAAAGGAAACAAAGGGAAGAGGUUCAAGUGAUCAUGAGAUUUGAGUGUGCUUGUUGUUUCUUUACAGUUUACAUGCAGACAUAACUGACCUAGGUGGUCUUCUUUCUAGUGGCUGUAAAAGCAUCUAAAAAGGGGGAUUUUAGAACAAAAACCAACAGCCAAAUGACCAGUGGGAAAAAAAAAGUGCCUAAUACAAUUAGAAUUCCUCCCACGCUAAAGAUGCUUAGUUAAAUGGAGGGGUUGGGCCUUCAGUUUCCUCUGGAAAGGGGGAGAAACAUUGAGGAGAACUUCUCAGGGCUGGCCCCGUCUGGGACUCAGUGGAGCAAAGGAAGUAGCAGUCACUUUCAAGUACAUCUUAAGUAAGCUGUUGAUUCCCAGAUUUUCUUGCAGACCCUGAGUUGCUAGGAAUGUUACUGCGUGAUUCCCAGUGUCCUCAGACUCACAGAUCGUAGCAUCCCCAUGGGAAAAAGCAAAGGCAGAACUAUCUCAGCUGUGUAAUCUUAAUCUGCCAGAUGCAGGUGCCUUAAUGAAGCUCUCAAAAUACUUCUGGAGCUGCUCAGGGAGUGUUAGGUGGAGCUAUUUGGACCAAUAUUCUUUCCUCUUAGAUUAUGUGAUCUUUUUAUUGGGCACUGGCAAAGCGUGUGUGUCGUGUGCGCGUGUAUGUGUGUGUGUGUGUGUGUGUGCGCGCGCGUGUGCACAGAUGUAUAAAACUGCAGCUGAAAUAAUAUCUGGGUUUUUUAGGGAAAUCUUUCCACAUUUCAGUCAUGAGUGAGAGUAGAACAAGGCUGGAUAGCUCGUCAUUGAUCACUGCUUACACAGUCAGGCAUAAAGUCGCUUUCUUGAAUCAGCAGCCUUUCCGAUUACAUUUAGCUGAGAACUCCCCUCCCGUGAGUCUGUCCGACUCCUCAGUUGCUGUUGCGGACAAGGUGAAGCAAGUGCCUUGUCGUGCUCUCAGCCCGCCUGUGGGCUGACGUCCCAUCUCUCCCUCUCUCGGUGCACUGUUUUCAGGAUCUGUAGAUAGUGAAGACAGCUUUUGUCCAUCUGGCCAACAUGCUUGUUGUCCUUUUGUCUAAAGGCCAGAGACCAUCCCAGGAAGAGUGGUGGGUGGUUUAUACACUGGAAAUGUAGCAGAAUUGUUGCAUUUAUGCUUUUUUAAAAACACAUGUUAACUUCAGAGGAAGGAUGGGCAAAUCUGGUCCAGCUGGGUGAAAGCCCUAUUUUCCCAAAGAUGCCCUAACCUGUGUGGGUUUCGGUGUUAGGGUUCAAGGUCCACUCAGGGGAGGGACUUCCCUGCAGGAAGCCAUACGUGACCUUUUGGCAGUGGGGCCUGGACGUAGCAUUUGAAGUUCAGAUAUGCUUUUCCUCACUCUGGAGAUGAACACUCUGGGUUUUGGAGCAUUAAGCUGCCUAACCUUCAUGGUGAACAAUACACCCUCUCUUUCUAGUCAUGCUGUGCGUGCUAUUGUCUCUCUUGGGGUCUAUAUAAAUUUGUUGAACUCUUACCUACAUUCCAAAGAAAUGUCAAGGAACCAUAAAUAUAUGUAUACAUAUACAUAUAUAAAAUAUAUAUAUUAAAAUGAAAUUAUCUCUAUCAGAAAUACUGCCUCAGUUAUUGAACUUUUUUUUAAGAAUACCUUUUUUUUUUAAGCUGAGAAGUAUAGGGGUGAAAAGAUGUUAUAUUGUGUUUGACUAUUUUCCAACUUGUAUUUUCAUAUAAUUUAUAUUUUUUAAAAGCUGAAAAUUUACAAACAAGAUGAAAAAAGGAAAAGCAGGUGCUUUUUUUUAAAAAAAAAAUCAGAACUGAGGUAACUUGGAGAUGUAGCGAUAUAAGUGUCUGUGGUUUUUUUUAAAUGCAAAAAAAUUUUUUCUUAUGGGGGAAUUUUUUUGUCUGUUUAUUUUCGUAGCUGAUGCUGGCACAUCAUUUUGCUGGAGAGUUUUUUAUAUACUGUAGCCUGAUUUCAUAUUGUAUUUUAAACUGUGUGAAAUUAAAACAAAGAGAUUCAUUCUUAA